CGCCCCCCCCCCCCGACGGCACAACCGUCCCCGGAGCGGGUGGGGGGCAGCGACCGCCCUGGGGAGGCCGCAAAUCCCCCCGUGAGGGGCAGAUCCCGCUCCCGCACCGCGCUAUGGGCACAAAAAGCUGCCUGUCCGCAUCCCAUGGGCCAGCGGGGCCUCAGGGCGUUACCGGAGGUGCAAUGGAUUUGGCAUAUGUCUGUGAGUGGGAGAAAAGGCCAAAAAGCAACCACUGCCCUUCCAUCCCCUUAGUGUGUGCUUGGUCCUGCAGGAACCUGAUUGCUUUCACCACAGACCUGAAAAAUGAGGAAGAAAAAGAUCUCACUCACAUGGUCCACAUCAUUGACACAGAGCAUCCAUGGGAUGUCUAUUCUGUUAACUCUGGCCAUGCUGAAAUCAUCACUUGUUUGGAAUGGGAUCAGUCAGGCUCCAGGCUCCUCUCGGCAGACGCAGAUGGACGCAUUAAGUGCUGGAGCAUGACUGAUCAUUUGGCCAACAGCUGGGAGAACACUGUGGGCAGUAUGGUGGAAGGAGACCCUGUUGUGGCUCUAUCCUGGCUCCACAAUGGUGUGAAGCUGGCUCUGCAUGUGGAAAAGUCUGGAGCAUCAAACUUUGGUGAGAAGUUUUCCAGGGUCAAAUUCUCUCCAUCCCUGACUCUGUUUGGCGGGAAGCCCAUGGAGGGCUGGAUUGCUGUGACCAUCAGUGGUCUGGUGACAGUAUCUCUCCUCAAGCCAAAUGGGCAGGUGCUGACAUCCACAGAGAGCCUGUGCCGUCUCCGUUGUCGUGUUGCCUUGGCAGAUGUUGCCUUCACUGGUGGUGGGAACAUUGUGGUGGCCACGUCAGAUGGUAGCAGCACCUCCCCUGUCCAGUUCUACAAAGUCUGUGUCAGUGUGGUGAAUGAGAAAUGCAAAAUAGACACUGAAAUCUUGCCCUCCCUCUUCAUGCGCUGCACCACUGACCCUGCCCGCAAGGACAAAUAUCCAGCAAUCACUCACCUGAAAUUCCUUGCUCGGGACAUGUCAGAACAGGUAUUGCUUUGUGCUUCCAACCAAAACAGCAGCAUUGUGGAGUGCUGGUCUCUUCGGAAAGAGGGCUUGCCAGUCAAUAAUAUAUUUCAGCAAAUCUCUCCUGUGGUUGGAGACAAACAACCCAUGAUACUGAAAUGGCGAAUUCUUUCUGCCACCAAUGAUUUGGACCGUGUUUCAGCUGUAGCUCUGCCGAAGUUGCCAAUCUCACUAACAAAUACUGAUCUGAAAGUAGCCAAUGACACCAAAUUCUUCCCUGGAUUGGGUCUGGCUUUGGCUUUUCACGAUGGCAGUGUCCACAUUGUUCAUCGCCUGUCCUUGCAAAUGAUGGCAGUGUUCUAUGGCUCUUCCUCCCAGCGCCCAGUGGAUGAGCAGACCAUCAAAAGGCAGCGAACUGCUGGUCCACUGGUUCAUUUCAAAGCCAUGCAGCUCUCGUGGACGUCUCUGGCCUUGGCUGGCAUCGAUAGUCACGGGAAGCUAAGUAUGCUUCGUAUCUCCCCCUCCAUGGGCCAUGUGCUGGACAUGAACAUGUCCCUCCGACACUUACUGUUCCUGUUGGAGUAUUGCAUGGUGACCGGCUAUGACUGGUGGGACAUCCUGCUCCAUGUCCAACCCAAUAUGGUCCAGAACCUGGUGGAGAAGCUGCAUGAGGAGUAUAUGCGCCAGAAUGCAGCACUGCAGCAGGUCCUCUCCACACGCAUUGUUGCCAUGAAGGCCUCUCUUUGCAAGCUGUCCUCCAGCACGAUAGCUCGUGUGUGUGAUUACCAUGCAAAACUGUUCCUGAUCGCCAUCAGCUGCACUUUGAAAUCACUGCUACGCCCACAUUUCCUGAACACCCCAGACAAGAGUCCUGGGGAUCGACUCACUGAGGUCUGCUCCAAGAUCACAGAUAUAGACAUUGACAAAGUGAUGAUUAACUUGAAGACAGAAGAGUUUGUCCUGGAGAUGACUACACUGCAAUCCCUGCAGCAGCUCAUUCAGUGGGUGGGAGAUUUUGUACUUUAUCUGCUGGCCAGCCUUCCUAACCAGGGCUCCCCUGUGCGUCCAGGACAUAGCUUUCUGCGAGAUGGAGCAUCCUUGGGCAUGUUCAGAGAGCUUAUGGUCGUGAUCCGUAUUUGGGGACUGUUGAAGCCAAGUUGCCUCCCUGUCUACACAGCAACCUCUGAUACCCAGGACAGCAUGUCCCUCCUCUUCAGGCUUCUAACUAAACUCUGGCUGUGCUGUCGUGAAGAAAAUCACAUGACAGAGCCAGAUGAUACCCUGAUAGAUGAAUGUUGUCUCCUGCCUAGCCAGUUGCUCAUUCCCAAUAUCGAUUGGUUGCCCAUCAAUGAUGGCAUUAUCAGCAAGCUUCAGAACAAACAGCUCGUCCGGCUGCAGUUUGGAAAAGCUCCUGGGCUUGUUGGUCACACUGUCUCUUCCCAGUUCGAUGCCUUUAUAAGGGCACCUGGACAGCCCAAGAUUGAUCACCUGAGACGGCUUCACUUAGGAGCAUACCCAACAGAAGAAUGCAAGUCCUGUACCAGGUGUGGUUGCGUUACCAUGCUGAAAUCACCAAACAAAAUCACUGCAGUGAAGCAGUGGGAGCAGCGCUGGAUCAAAAACUGCUUGUGCGGGGGCUUGUGGAGGAGGAUGCCCCUCAGCUAUUCAUGAGAAUGCCUUUUGUGGGACAAAAAAGGAACAACGGGCACCAAGUGGAAGAGCUGCUUGGAGCUGCCUUCCUUGGAGGUGCUUGGGACGAAAGAAUGACAGCACUUUUCCUGUGCUCUCUGAAAGCAUCAUCAUGAUGCUGCCUGUGAGACAGUGCGAAGCAGCUGACUAGCGAUGCUGCUAUGUUUUUCUUGCAUUGAUUUUUCUGCUUCACCCCUUUGUGCCAUUAAAAAAGGAGUGAAGGGAAAAUAAUCUUUGUACAGGGAAGAGCUAGAAAGGAAUCUGAGAGGUUUCUCUGUCACUAUGCAAGGCAAAGUCAACUGGGAGUCAAGGGCCUGAAGAGUGGAGAAACCUACCGCCUCUCCGUGUCUCUUGGCUGAGCAUGCAAAAUGGCUGCACCCUGGAUUAAGUCCUUGCAUGGGUAGAGAGCAGUAGAUGGCUGAUAGUUCAAGGUAAACAGACAAAAUCUCCAAUGAAAGAGGAACAAAUACAUAGUACCUUAUGUUCAUCCUCUGCUACCAGACUGCUUGAGAAACAUGGGAUGGGCUGGUUUAUCCCUGAUCCCUAUACUUCAUCCUUACAAGUGGACUUGCUCUUCUGAUGGGAGACUUCACCAGCAUAGUAUAUCUGUGUUCUAAUUAACAGAACAGUUUCCUCCUAUUCUGGAAGAACAGGAGCAUGAGCCUGCUGACCUGGAGCAAACCCAUCAGUUUCCCUGUCUAACUGAACCAGCAGCUAUUUUGUAAAUAAAGGUCCCCUUAAUGUA